AUGCUUGGAUUUGUGGGUUGUUUAUGGGGAUUUGGAACAAUAAGCAGUCAGUGUUAGAGUUUGUUGCUUGGUUUUAUUAAGCCAUGGAUAAAAGGUGGAAAAGGUUACCCUUUUUAGUAGUCUUCCUGCUCUUUUGGAAGAAUGCUCCUGCUCAUGCAUAUUCAACUUAUCCAAAUGCUGGCCAAUGGUGGGGUCAGCCAUCUGAAAACACUUUCUUGCCUCUUGUGGUCCAGUCUUCUGUGCCAGAAGCCCCUGUCACUGGGGUUUUGCUUGAAGAAGUGGUCUCUAGUUUGCCAGAAAACAGACCUGAGUUUAAUCUACUUCAGGUUGUUAAAGGUGGUGUUUCCAGCAGUUCUGACUCUACAACCCAAGCUCUAUCUCCAAAUACCCCCUCUUCAGCUUCUGGUAUGAGUGGUUUAGCGUCACUUCAGGGCUUGUCUGGAUCAUCCACUUCAAGUGGUUCUAAACAAAUUGUUUUUGCACAAGGGGAAGGUGGCAGCUUUGCUUUGAAGACUGGAGUUUCUGGCCAGUCCACUAAUGAUCAGAGCUCUCCUAGUCUGUCUAGUUCCGUUUCUCAAGGUACCACCUAUGGUGUAAUUACCCAAGCUCAAGGUACAAGUCAGUCUGCUCCAGGAUCUUCAUCCCCAUAUACAACCAUAUCAUUGCCCAAAUAUGUUGCUAGUCAGUUCAUAACUCGACCAAGUUCAAAGCAAUUUACCUCUGUCUAUGGCACCCAGGCAGGAUCCUCUGCCCCUUUUACUUUGCAAGAAAGUACCACAUAUGGUGGACAAAUCCAGACUCAAGAUGCCACAAGUCGAUUAGUUUUAGGAUCUUCAACCCCUUACAUAUCUGUAUCAUCACCCCAAGUUGUUACUAGUCCGUUGACACCUGGGCCAGGUUCAAAGCAGGUUACCUCUGUCUAUGGCACUCAGACUGGUUCGUCUGCUCCGUUCACUCUGCAAAAAUUACUACAGGGUAAAGGUUCAAAAAGCCAGGUUGUUUCAGUACCUUCAACCCCAUAUGUAGCUGUAUCAUUGCCCCAAGGUGUUACUAGUCAGUCAACAUUAGUGCCAAACUCAGAGCAGUUAACCUCUGUCUACACCACCCAGACAGGAUCCUCUGCCCCUUUCACUUUGCAAGAACUACUCCAGGGUCAAGAUUCAACAAGCCAGGGUGUUUAUGGAUCUUCAACCCCAUACGUAUCUGUAUCAUUGCCCCAAAGUGUUACUAGUCAGUCGACGGCAGUGCCAAGUUCAAAGCAGAUAACCUCCAUCUAUACCACCGAGACAGGAUCCUCUGCCCCUUUCACUUUGCAAGAACUACUCCAGGGUCAAGAUUCAACAAGCCAGGUUGUUUAUGGAUCUUCAACCCCAUACGUAUCUGUAUCAUUCCCCCAAGUUGUUACUAGUCAGUUGACCCCUGUGCCAAGUUCAAAGCAGGUUACCUCUGUCUAUGGCACUCAGACUGGUUCGUCUGCUCCGUUCACUCUGCAAAAAUUACUACAGGGUAAAGGUUCAAAAAGCCAGGUUGUUUCAGUACCUUCAACCCCAUAUGUUGCUGUAUCAUUGCCCCAAGGUGUUACUAGUCAGUCAACAUUAGUGCCAAACUUGGAUCAGUUAACCUCAGUCUAUACCACCCAGACAGGAUCCUCUGUCCCUUUCACUUUGCAAGAACUACUCCAGGGUCGAGAUUCAUCAAGCCAGGUUGUUUAUGGACUUUCAAACCCAUACGUAUCUGUAUCAAUGCCACCAGUUGUUACUAGUCAGUCAGCUGUGCCAAGUUUAAAGAAGAUUACUGCUGUCUAUGGCUCUCAGACAGGUUCCUCUGCUCCUUUAACUUUGCAAGGAAGCUAUGGUGGACUAAUCCAGCCUCAAAAUGCCAAAGAUGCGUCUUCUACGGGAUCUUCAUCUUCUGUCCUCCAAACCUCAACCGGUGACUUUUCGAAUCCUUCCAGCAGCUUUUCUACCCUAAAACGUUAUUACUCUGUCAAGGAUUAGAAAACUGUUAAACUGCCAUAUGGUGCAAUGUUUCCAAUAAAAUUAAGAUUUUUUCCAA